AUGCAUUCAUCAACGUUUUUUCGUGAUAGUUUAAAGACUUCACCGUUUGUCUCAUUGAUGAGCAAGCGUACGUUUGAUGAACCGAAAUCUCCACCAAGUCCUUUAUCACCUGGACAACAAAAACGUGUUCGUUUUCUUGUUGAUAAUAAUAACGAUCUAACGAUUGAUGAACAUCAAUCAUCAAUUUUAUUUCGGCAAGGAAAUAUUGAACGUACUGGUACUAUUAGUGGAUUUGAUGAAAUGGAAAACAGUCGUCGAAUAACAUCGAACUUACUCUUCGGUAAUACUAGUUCUUCGUAUGAUUUUGGAUUAAUGACACAAACUGGUGGUAUUGACCAAUCGAUAGAUAAUGCUAAUGUUUCAAAUGAUAACUUUACUUUUAUUCAGGCAACUCAACGAACAAAUCUUGCUAAUGAAAGUGGAAAUGAUGGGACUUGGUUGACCGUAUUUGGCUAUCGUACGAAUGCCGAUGCUCGAACAUUGAUCGACGAAUUCAGUCGUUUUGGCAUAAUAGAAAAAUAUGUGAUCAUUGAUACAUCGAAUAAAUUUCAUGUUAAAUUUGCAACUCGUCUUCAAGCUCAACGUGCUCUAAGAAAACAUGGUCAUGUUUUUGGUCAAAUAAUGAUUGGAGUACGAUAUUGCACUGAUGAAGAUAUUAUUGGACUUAAACCACAAAGUAAUGUUAAUGUUUAUCUUGAAAAUCCCUUUCUGGUACGAAAUCGACAUCGUCUAGGCAUUUUACCAUCUGCACCACUAACAGUUCAAAAUUGA